GACCGAGGAGCCAGCCAAGAGGCCGUACCAAUAAGAUGGCCGGGGCGAGGCGCCUUUCCUACAAUCACCGGUUUCAUUAGAGGCCGACAAGCGGAAGCGCUGAAGCCAGAAGCAGAGCAAAUCCUCUUCGCCUCAAUCGUCGCCUUUUUCUUCCCCCAGCCUCCAUUCGCCGUCUUCUUUUCUCCGUCGCCCCGAGUAGAUGAAGACGAGAGCGAAGCAAGCCAAACCCACCAAGAAGCCGGCGAAGCCCAAAGCGCCCGCCAUGAAGCCGACGAAGCCCAAGGCAAAGAAGAGACCGGUCAAGGACGACGCCCGCAAGCCCAAGAAGCCCCCCACGGCUUUCUUCUACUACCUGGAAGAUUUUCGGAAGACUUUCCAACAAGAAAAUCCAGGUGUCAAAUCAAUGCGUGAUAUAGGAAAGGCAUGCGGGGAGAAGUGGAAAACAAUGUCAUUUGAGGAAAAGGUGCAAUAUUAUGAUAAAGCUACUGAAAAACGAGCUGAGUUUGAGAAGGCCAUGGCAGAAUACAUGAAGAAAAAGGAAAGUGGUGAGUUAUCUGAGGAGCCUGAUGAUGAGUAUGAGUGACUGGGAUGGGGAAUAUAGUUGAUGAGAAAUUGAGGGACCAAUGCAGAAACCAAUCUCUUGUACAUGAUACUGAUGAAUCCAUUUUAUUAAAUGGGAUGCCAAAUUCAUCUUUUCCAUGUUGCAUAGUUCUAAUGGGCACCUUUCUGUUCC